GACGAUAACUCGAUGCGUCAUUUGGAGGGAAACAACUCCAACCAUUUCUAUCUCAAAAACCAUCGAUUCGAAUUUGUCUAAAAGGCCGAAAUCUCCAUUCUUUUGGGUACUCUCCGGUAGCAGUUCACCUCCUGGUGUUUGUGUGAAAUACACAACAAAAGAAGAUUCAGUUCCAUAAGGAACAUUGUCACCAGGAGUGGAGACCCAACAUGGACACCUUAACCUGUGGUCUGUGUCUGCAGCAGUUUGGGGAGAUCACUGACUUCCUGGAUCACAAGAAAAGUCAUGCUGACCCUGAUACACCUGCUGCUCCUGAUCCAGGUGCCUCCACCUGUCCAAUCGAGGAACCACCUGCAGAACCAGCAUUACCUGUUCCAGAUCCUGUUGAGUCCACGAGCAGCACUUGUAUCUGGACCUGCAAGCUGUGUAACCUGUUCGCUCUGAGCAAGGCGGAGCUACGCUCACACCUCCAGACCGAGCACACAGACAGCGUGCCACACGGGAACACAGAAAACUUCAUCUCUCAGCUGAUGCCGCUCUCCAACAUGCCAACAUCCCCACAGAAGGAAACAUCCACUCAGCCGGGUGAAGCAGUGUUCUCCAGCCUACCAGACAUCAAGGUUAAAACAAUGAGCAGUUCUACCAUUGUCAUACCACCGAAGAAAAAAAGGGGGCGCCCCAGGAAGAAGCCUGUAGAUGAGAAUUUAGAGUUACGCCUUGAUGAGGAAAAAGGCACGACACAUGAUAAGCAAAGGCAGGCGAUAUUGUCUGCUGACGGAAAACUUGUGUGUGACAAGUGUAACCGCAUGUUUGCACGAGAACGGCAGUACAGUCGGCACCGGUGCAUGGCAGAGGAGACCAGGGAUGAAGAUGAGAUGAAAGCUGCUGAGCUGGAAGAGAUGAGAGCGAAGAGAAAGAGGGUAGCAGGAGUAUCACAACUUGCAGCUAGAGAGCACAACUAUGGAGCCACGGGUUCAACUCAGGGAAGAGCAUCAGCCACUGCGACAACGGGAAACCAAGCAGAUGGGGAGGGUGAAGGAGCAGAGAUAGCUGAGAUGGUGGGAGAGGAUGUACAGACAGUUGUACAGGCAGAGGGCAUCACUCACACCAUCCAACAGUCCCUCAACUCCACAGCUGCACUUAAACCACCCUACCUGUUCAGCAGGUCCUCCCUGACUGUGUUCAGUUGUGAGUUCUGCAGCAAGGUGUUUAAGUUCCGCAAUGGCCUUGUGAACCACUUGCGGGUGCACACCAAGGAGAAGCCGUUUAAGUGUGACCGAUGUGACUAUGCCUGCGCUGUGAAGACCAACCUGAAGACUCACAUGCGGAAACACACUGGGGAGAGGUUCUACUGUGAACAGUGUGACUACACCUCCAUCAACAAGGGGCAUCUAAAGGACCACAUUGCUACCAAACACAAGGGUGAGCGUCACGCCUGUGAGUUGUGUUCCAGUACCUACACCACCCUCAGGGCUCUGGUCAAGCACUUCAGGGAGAAACACGACCCCGAGACCAACACUGACACCAAGGAAAUAUUUGAUAAGCUAAAGCUCCAGACACGAGAUGGCGUCCGAGAUCUCAUCUACAUCUGUGAUCUCUGCAACCGCAAGUUCAAAACACGUUUGGACAAGGAGAGACAUGUAGUUUUACAUCAGGGUCAGAAGCCAUUCCCAUGUGGACUGUGUGAGUACUCCACCAACCGUCAGGCAAACCUGGACCUGCACAUCAGGAAACACAAGUUCAUCUAUAACUGCUGCGAGUGUCAGGAACAGUUCCUCAGCUCCAUCCCUCUCACUGCACAUAUACAGGAGAAACAUGUUACAGAAGAGGCCACUCUUGAUGUCCUGUUUGCUAAGAGCUUGGAAGGCAGCAGGUUUCUGUUCGAGUUUGGGAAUGAUGUGAAGGCGUUUGACUUUGACGGGUACCGGACCAUUGAGGUGACCCCAGACGGUCAGCCCCUCCACGGUCCGGACGGGGAGGGACAUCAGGGGGCAGAGGAGCUGCUGCUGGCUCAGGAGAUGCAGAUGGCACAGGAACAGCAACAACAGACAGCACAGGAACAGAAGGAGUCGGCACCAGGACAGCAAAACUCAGAACAGGAACAGCAAGGAAGUGACAAUAAAAAGGAUACUGAGGAAGAUCAAGAGAAAAAAACUGACAAAGAAAGUGAAGAACCUGGCGCAGACUCCACUGAAAGCAAACCUGAAGAGGAAAAGUCAACUGAAGAUCCAGAGGAGCAAGAUGGCAAGACAGUCUUCGAAAGGCUGAUGGAAAAGUUGGAGUACCGCAGCAUGAAUCUGGACAUCUACAACAAGCUGAAAGUUCUGUAUGGAGAUAUGGAGUGUCGGUAUUGUGGGCGCUUCUUCUACUACGACAAAACUCUGGCCCAGCAUGAGCGUAUCCACACAGGAGAGCGCCCGUUUGCGUGUAACGAAUGUCCGUACGCCUCCGCUACCAAAGAAGGGCUGAAGAGACACAUACAAGGUUCACACAGUAAGGUCCUGAUGAAGUGUGAACACUGUGAGUUCAGUACUAACAACAAGUACACCCUGUGGCGCCACACCAAGAAGGAGCAUGUACCUGUGGAGAACCUCAGAGACUCCUACACCUGUCCAGCCUGUACAGAAACCUUCACCAAGGAGAGGGCAAUCAAGGUGCACAUCAAGAAACACCACCCCUCCAUGACACUGGAGGAGAUCUCCCUGGUCCUGGGAAAGAGAGCACAGCUGAAGAGUGCCAUGGGACAGAGAGCGUUCAAGUGUCCGUACUGUGGGAAACUGUUCAGGAAGAAGGAGCCAGACCUGAGGAAACACAUCUGGGCACACGAGGGCAUCAAACCCUUCAAAUGUAGCCUGUGUCAGUUUGCCUGUCGCAGCAAGAGCAACCUCAAGGCUCACAUGCUGCGUCACACCAAGGAGAAGAACCACCUGUGUGAGGAGUGUGGGAAGAAGUUCAAGACCAAGCAGAGUCUGAAGUUCCACAGUCAGCAGUACCACAACCAGGGUGGGGAUGAGCUGAAGAGGUACUACUGCCAGAUCUGUGACUACAGUGGCAUUCAGAUUGCCCAUCUUCGGAGACACAUGGAGCAGCACUCGGGACAGAAGGUGCUGAAGUGCCCGCUGUGUCCGUACUCCUGUAACAUCACAGGUGCCAUGAAGAGGCACUUCAACAAGAAACAUCCAGGCAAGGUGUACGAACAGACUGUGGCUACUGUCAUCAAGCCGGAUGUGGAGAGUACACAACAGGUAACCUGUUCAGCGACUGGUACCGACCAGGUCACAGAGAUGCAUGUGGAGAUGCUGAAGUGCCCUGAGUGUGACUUUGUGUUCGGCAACCGCUGGGACCUCAACAAGCACCUACAGAAGAGACACGAGGCUAAGGUGGUGAACCUUAUGGAGGUGGAUGCUGGGCUGGGUGCCACACAUCACGUGGUGGAGGUGACAGAGAGUGGGGAUGGCCAGGUCAUCUAUACUGAUGCCACAGGUGUUCUGCAGACGGAGGGAGGAGACACGUCUGCAGCUGUCAACAUCCUGCAGCAGAUCAUGGACAUCACGCAGCAGGAGGUCGCCAACACUCACGUGGUCACCACAACGACAGCCUCCGAGUCACAGGCUAUGGUAGCGCUGGCUCCUGAUGCUGUAGUGGUGGAGCAGGCUGGUGGGGACGCUCUGCAGCACAUCGUCAGCUCAGCCGAGGGGGACAGGACCCAGGGACAGGAGUACAUUGUGUACCUCACCCAGUCUACAGACACUCUGUAGCUCACACACAACGAGACAUGGAAAUAUCCAAUACAUUCAUUGAUUCUUAUUGGCAGAAAUAUGCCAAGAGUUUUUCUUUGAUGAAAUUUGCAGUGAACUGAUGAAAUAUAUUAAGUUGAAGAAUGGCUAUAUGUGACCUAGUCUGGUGAAACAAACUUUGCGACUCCAAAAUCAUAAAAGUUGUUUUGGCUUGAUAAUGUUUGUGGGUGUAAUGAGUUCUUCCCUUUAGCUUCUGUGGUGUGUUAACCACUAAUGCUUAGCCAAGUAUUGUACAUAUGUGAUUCACAAUAAGAGGACAUUGAAAUAGACUGUAAGUAACGGCCUACUGUAAAGUAGCUCCUAUCAUUGGUUGGGUCCAGAUAAGACUAACCCUCUAGGAUAGACUUAUGAAUUUACAAAUAUUCAGAUAUCUAUCUUCGUAACAAGACUAAGACUCUUUGAUAUAACUAUGCAUUCGUAGAAGCCUUUGUAAGUCAAAUAACCAGGCUAGUCUGAAAGAAAAAUAGCUGUCAUCAUGAAUUUGAAAAAGUAUACAUUGAAAAAUGACAAUAUGAUGAAAAAAUAACUUUUCACUUCAUGGAAACUGUGCUGCAAGAUAAAGCACAGUGAGAAUGUUGGCUUCUACACAAAAGUAUUGUAGAAGAACAGCUACCAUUAGUUAUUUUCAAGAUAAUACAAAACCUACUAAUACAGGACAAGUAGAGAAAAAGUCAUCAGGUGGCAUCUAUCUAUUGAUAACUGUUGGUGUUACCUUCCAUAUUGCUACUGGUGCUGGAAAGAAAUCAACUGAGGUUUUCUAGUAUGUUUCUAACGUUGUUAUGAAUAUCAUUAUACAGCUGUAAAUGUACUGUUGACAAUGUAUCAAUAGUAAUUAGAGAUGUCUCUAUGACACCAUGCAUCCAACUUCUGGUAAAUUUUACCAUGCCACAAUAUGCGAUUGUAUGGUAAUAUUGUAUGAUUUUGCUUUCAAACUUUGGUUUUAGAAAUGUCUGAUUUAUCCAUGCCUAACCAUUGUUACCUUUUUGUUUGAACUUUUCAAUGAAAUGGACUACUGUUGAUAUAUAAGAUGUCUGUAUAUUGUAUUAAUCACUAAAUUGUUUGCUGAGUAAAGACAGACAUACCAAGUG